AUGGUAGUUGGCAGCAUAGUGAUGCCAAAAUAUGCGGAUCCUAAUACAAUAUACACACCAAAAGACAUACAAACUGACAUGUUGUCGGAAUAUGGUGUGAACUUAACAUACAUGCAAGCUUGGAGAGCAAAGGAAAAGGCUUUGAAAUUUUUGAGAGGUCAUCCUGCUGAUUCCUACAGUCGCUUGCCGAGUUAUUUGUAUAUUCUGAAGAAGAGUUAUCCGAGGUCGGUGGUGAAGUUGUAUAAGACUGAAGAUGACUGUUUCUUAUAUGUAUUUGUUGCUCUUAGUACGUCCAUCGAGGGUUGGGAGCAUUAUAGGCCAGUUAUAAUAGUCGAUGGCACCUUCUUGAAGUCAGCAUAUAGGGGAAUCAUGCUAAUAGCUAACACAAUGGAUGCAGCAGACCGGAAUGAGAGUAUAUUGAAGGCAACAUCUACUGUUUAUACCGGCAUGCCACAUUAUGCUUGCAUGUGGCAUAUUUGGAUAAAUGUAAGGUCAAAGUUCAAGAAAGGUCAUCUAAAGUUAAGCGAAUUGUACUCUGCCACGGCACGAUCAUACACACUUGAUGAAUUUAAUGAAAGAAUGUCAAAGAUUGAAGAGAUCGACACACGUGUUAAAGCAUACCUAUACGAUAGUAGCUAUCACAGAUGGUCUCGGGUACAUGCUACGGUGAACAGAACAUGGACGAUGACAUCAAACAUUGUAGAGUCCUUGAAUGCGGUAACCAAAGAUGCAAGAGAGCUGCCCGUGAGGACUUCAACAGAUUACAUUCAUACUGUGAUAGAUGGUGUGAAGCGCUUCAUUGUUUGGCUUCAAAACAAGAGAUAUAGUUGUGGACAAUUCUAG